UAUGAGUUUUAGAGUAGAAGAGUCUCCUUAGUUUAAGGAAGAAGAACUAAACCUAUCCAAAAUUUACUAAUAUAGAGAAUCUCAUUUCUCUGGAUUCUCAUUCCCUAGCAGUGUCAGACAUUAAAAACGAUAGACUUUUUAAGCAUCUGUAGAAACUAAAACUCCAACUCCUAAUUAAACCAAUAUUGAAAAUGCUCCUUGUGAACUUAGCUUUGAAAUAGAGAGAAUGAUAAAAGAAAGGGAAUAAUUAUUUACUGAUGUGCAAUUUUAUGAACCUAAAGUUACUUUUAAUGUAGAUGAAUCACCAUAAAGAAUUCGAAUUCAAAGAAACAGUGCUCCCAUGCCUAAUACUUAAUUAUAACAUCUCAAUCAAUAAAUAAUAGAUGCAGAGCAUACUUAUAAUUAGUAUUGUUAUUAAUUAAUUUGA